ACGCCGAGACCUGGCGUUCAAGGCUGUCCAUGUAUUCGGGGAAGGUCUCCCAGUCCCAGCGCAUUCCCUGGCGCAUGGACUCCAGGGGUAUGGCCUCGAUGCGGUUCAUCAUCCGCAUGUUCAGGUCGCGGUCUUCCGGCGGGUGGGGGCGAAGCCAAAGCCGCACUGGCCCACAGGUCAGGAGGAAAACCGAAUUGGCCGGAGAGGGAGGCGUAGGGGUCCCAGUUGAGCUGAGCGUCAUAGUGGGUGUGCAGGUCCACAGCGCCUGGGGCGACGAUGCAGCC